AUGCUCCGUGUCCCCGGCCCACCAGCCUACUCGUGCAGACUGCCCAACGGCGCCCCGCCGGUCUCGCCGGUGCGUGGCAGCUCCGAGAGUCCCGAGGUCAAAGUUAUUCCUCCAUCCCCUAUCCCAGGCUCGCGCGCGUCCAAGGCCGCAGGGUACGCACUGUUGCAGAGCCUCCAGCGCAUGCUCGACACUGCAGAGGCCGAGCGCAACGGUCAACGCACGCCCAACUUGUCGAAAGCGACUCUCCGUCCUCCGUCACCCGACACAGUGCGCCUGCUCGACUUUGGGAGGCUGAGUCUCGAGGGCAAGCGCCGUGCCGUUGAGUUGGGGGCGCUGGAGGCGCCAGUCUCCCCAAAGUCCGUCGUUCCACGCACACCUCUCGGCCCCGCUAAGCGGUUGCUGCCCACAAUCCAUGUCAAGCCGAGUGAGCAGCCUUGCCGGGGUUGA